CAGUGCCGGCAAAUCAUAUUCCUUGGUCCAUGUUGUACUUCUGAACUAAACCGAAAUAAGCAGGAACAACUGUAAACACGUUCACCUGAGAAAUACAAACCGGAUCAGAUCCACGUCUGUCCCAUACAGCAGGUACCAGAGGUAUGGAUGCAGAGGGCUUCGGGGAGCUGCUCCAGCAGGCAGAGCAGCUGGCUGCAGAGACAGAAGCAGUGUCGGAGCUGCCACAUGUUGAGAGGAACCUCCAGGAGAUCCAGCAGGCAGGGGAGAGGCUGCGAUCCCGCACGCUGACCCGCACCUCACAAGAUGCUGCCGACGUGAAAGCGUCGAUCCUCCUCGGCUCCAGAGGCUUAGACAUCUUCCACAUCUCUCAGAGGUUGGAAAGCCUAAGUGCUGCCACAACUUUUGAGCCCCUGGAGCCUGUCAAGGACACUGACAUACAGGGCUUCCUGAAGAAUGAGAGGGACAACGCCCUGUUGUCGGCCAUCGAGGAGUCUCGUCGCAGGACGUUCCUGCUGGCGGAGGAGUACCACCGCGAGUCCAUGCUGGUCCAGUGGGAGCAGGUGAAGCAGAGAGUUCUGCACACGCUGCUCGGAGCAGGAGAGGACGCUCUCGACUUCAGUCAAGAUGUUGAGCCGAGCUUUGUGAGUGAAGUGACGGCUCCGGGAAGGAGUGCGUUGGACAGCGUGGAGGUGGCCUACGGACGACAGAUCUACAUUUUCAAUGAGAAGAUAGUGAAUGGUCAUAUCCAGCCCAACCUGGGAGACUUGUGUGCUUCUGUUGCUGAAAGCCUGGAUGACAAGAACGUGUCCGACAUGUGGCUGAUGGUGAAGCAGAUGACAGACGUGUUGCUGGUGCCGGCCAAAGACACACUGAAGAGUCGCACUUCAGUUGAAAUGCAAAUGGCCUUCGUACGUCAGGCACUCAGCUUCCUCGAGAACAGCUAUAAAAACUACACCAUGGUCACGGUAUUCGGGAACCUCCAUCAGGCCCAGUUAGGAGGGGUGCCAGGAACAUACCAACUAGUCCGCAGUUUCCUCAAUAUCAAACUACCAGGUCCACUGCCUGGCAUGCAGGACGGGGAGAUAGAAGGCCACCCAGUGUGGGCAGUGAUCUACUACUGCCUGCGUUGUGGAGACCUGAACGCAGCCAUGCAGGUGGUGAACAGAGUGCAGCAUCAGCUCGGAGACUUCAAGACCUGGUUCCAGGAGUACAUGAACAGCCCCGACAGACGCCUUUCCCCAACAUCGGAGAACAAGCUUCGUCUCCACUACCGCAGAGUGCUGAGGAACAGCGCUGACCCCUACAAGAGGGCCGUCUACUGCCUGAUUGGGAAAUGUGACAUCAGCGACAACCAUGGAGAGGUAGCAGACAAGACUGAAGACUACCUCUGGCUCAAGUUGAACCAGGUGUGUUUUGACGAUGACGGCAGCAACUCUCCUCAGGACAGACUGACCCUGCCGCAGCUACAGAAACAGCUGCUGGAGGACUAUGGAGAGUCUCACUUCUCGGCCAGCCAGCAGCCCUUCCUGUAUUUCCAGGUGUUGUUCCUCACAGCCCAGUUCGAGGCGGCGGUGGCUUUCUUGUUUCGCGUGGAGAAGCUGCGGAGUCACGCCGUGCACAUGGCGCUGGUGCUGUACGAACUGCGCCUGCUGCUGAAGUCAUCCGGCCAAAGUGCUCAGCUGUUGAGUCAGGAGCCGGGGGAUCCUCCCAUGAUACGCCGCCUCAACUUUAUCCGUUUGCUCAUGCUUUACACUCGCAAGUUUGAGUCCACGGAUCCACGGGAAGCUCUGCAGUACUUCUACUUCUUACGUAACGAGAAGGACAGCCAGGGAGAGAACAUGUUCAUGCGUUGCGUCAGUGAGCUUGUUAUUGAGAGUCGAGAGUUCGACAUGCUGCUGGGGAGAUUAGAGAAGGACGGCAGCAGGAAGCCGGGAGUCAUCGAUAAGUUUGCCGGCGACACCAGAGCGAUCAUCAGUAAAGUGGCUCUAGAGGCAGAGAACAAGGGCUUGUUCGAGGAGGCAGUCAGACUCUACGAACUCGCUAAGAAUCCAGAUAAGGUGCUGGAGCUGAUGAACAGACUGUUGAGUCCGGUUAUUGCUCAGGUCAGUGCUCCUCAGUCCAACAAGGAGAGGCUGAAAAACACGGCGGUGGCCAUUGCCGAGAGGAAUCGUUCUCAGAGCGUCUCAGGAGAGAAAUCGGUCGACAGCACGUUCUACCUGCUCUUAGACCUGAUGACGUUCUUUGACGAGUACCACGCGGGUCAUGUGGACCGAGCCUACGACGUGAUGGAGCGUUUAAAGCUUCUUCCUCUCAGCCAGGACAGCGUGGAGGAGCGAGUUGCUGCUUUCAGGAACUUCAGCGAUGAGGUGCGACACAACCUGUCAGAGGUGCUGCUGGCCACCAUGAACAUCCUGUUCACACAGUACAAACGCCUGAAGGGGGCGCCAGCAGGCACGCCAGGACGGCCACAGAGGACCAUGGAGGACAGAGACAUGCAACUACGCAACCAGGCCAGAGCCCUGAUCACCUUUGCUGGCAUGAUUCCGUACAACAUGGCCGGUGACACCAACGCAAGACUGGUGCAAAUGGAAUUACUGAUGAACUGAGCGACAACACACACACACACACACACACACACAGAGCAGCCUUCGGAAAACCAUAAACCUUUUGGCUUUUGAAUAUACGAUCACACUCACACACACUUGUCUGUUGUUUUGUUAUGUGUUAACAGACACAUCUUUGCAUCACCCGUCCCCGUUUGUGAGUCCUCUUUCUGUUCUGUUAUUUUUUCCCCAUUUUGUUGUUUCAUAUUUGUAUCUGUGAUGAUUUGGAAUAAAAAAAAACUA